GCUGGGCCGCGCCAUACGCGACAAUCCGGCGCUCGUCAGUCCAGUCACGGUAGGGACGCUCACGUCCCUUCUCAUCGUCGGCGCCUUCGUCGUUCCGCACGCCAGGGCGCAGGGCGACGGUUCCUGAGAGCGCGGGAUGGCGAGCGUCGCCACCGUCGGCUUCGCGGGAUCCGCCAUUCGAAGCUCCCUUCGCGACCUCGCCGGCGCGUCGCUGACGCGGCUGCCCCUCGCCGACGGCGCCGCCGCCGGCGUCGUCAGGGCCGAGACCCUCUGGCAGGAGCGACCCGCCGUGGUCCUCGUGCUGCGCAGGCCCGGGUGAAUCAUGUGCCGUUCGGAAGCCAUGAGACUGCACGCGCUCAAGCCCAAGUUUGACGCGUUGGGGUGCAAUCUCGUGUGCCUUCUGAAGGAGAACAUACCCGAGCAAGUGGAGUCGUUCCUCGCGGGCUCGGGAAAACACGGCGAGUUCUGGGGCGCGGACACGCCGCUGUACAUGGACAACGACAUGGCGUUCUUUCGGGCGCUCGGCGGCGGCAAGCUGCGCAAGGGCGGCCUCUCGUCGUUUCUGCCCUUUGCCGGGUUCUGGAAGAGAUACGCGAAGAUCAAAGACGACGUCGCGGACCAUAACCUAGAGGGCGAGGGAACCAUCAAGGGCGGGCUGUACGUGGUGUCCAAGGCGGGGAUCCACUACGAGCACUUCGAGAAGGACUUCGGCGUGGUGGCGCCGCCGGAGGAGGUUCUCGCCGCGUGCGAGGCUGUCACGAAGAAGUGAGUGACUUUUGUUAGCGAAGGAGAAGCGACUUUCGGCGACGCCGACUCGCGGAUGAACCAACCGCGUCUCACCGGUGAUGCCGGCGCCGUAAACUCUCUCACGAUCGAACGCAUCGCGAGACGGCGCCGGGCGGAUGAGAUUGAGACGCGGGGGUUCGCCCGCGGUGUCGGACGGCGACGGGACCGAGCGACUUUUAGUGCGAGUGCGAAACAUUUUUUUUUUCACAUU